AUGCCCCUGGUUGACGGCCACCGAUACUACCCAUCCACGGCAGUCUUCCUGAACGAGCUCGUCAAGCUCACCAUCUCCCUCACAAUGGCACUCUACAACAUCGCAACAGAUCCGAAGACGCCGGACACAUCUACCGCAACCGGGUUGUUUGCAGAGUUGACAAGAGCUGUGUUCACGGGUGACAGCUGGAAGAUGGCUAUACCGGGCAUGCUGUUCACAUUGCAGAGCAGUCUGCAUUAUGUUGCGCUCAGCAACCUGGAUGCUGCUACGUUUCAAGUCACAGAUCAGCUGAAGAUCCUGACCACUGCGGUGUUCAGCGUGAUGAUUUUGGGAAAAUCGCUCAAUAGCCGCAAGUGGCUCAGUCUCUUGCUGUUGAUGGUGGGCGUUGCGAUUGUCCAGAUCCCAACAGGUCCUGCGCACUCAGAAGUUCUUUCGAUGAAAGAUCUGAAAGAUGGCACGGCUUUCCACGAAGGGCGAAGAAUAUGGGACUUGGAAGAAGCUGGCCACGAGGUCGCGCAACUAGCAAAGCGCUCCGCGACGUAUGAAGGCAUUGAGGAGGACACCGAGCUCACAUACCCGCCCAUGAACUCGUCCCUCGGGCUGGCGGCAGUGCUGCUGUCCUGCGUCACCUCCGGUCUGGCCAGCGUUUACUUUGAGAAGAUCCUGAAAGAGCACAGGGGAGAACGUUCCGCGACAGUCUGGGUCAGGAAUGUUCAGCUUUCCUUCUACUCCCUGUGGCCGGCACUCUUCAUUGGCGUGAUAUUUUGGGAUGGCGAGCAUAUCGCGAAGACAGGCUUUUUCGCAGGUUACAACUCGAUUGUGUGGACAAACGUGCUCGUGCAAGCCGCUGGCGGCAUUCUGGUGUCGUUUGUGAUCAACUAUGCGAACAACAUCACCAAGAACUUUGCGACGAGUAUAUCUAUCCUGAUCAGCUUUCUGGCGAGUGUAAUCUUCUUCGAUAUGGAGAUCACGAUGCUCUACGUCCUCGGAACAGCAGUCGUCAUCUCCGCCGUCUACCUCUACAACCAGAGCUCCAGCUCAGACGAGACACAUACACGGCCGCCCCAGAUCAGAGUACCCGACAUGGAGAAGUCCGGAGAGUCAGGCUACUUCGAUCUCGAGUCUGUUGUGGCACCAGCAAGAUCUCCCCUGCGCACCACGGAAGCUCUCACUUCCAGCCGACCGACUACGCCGAAUAUUGAGAGGCGUCCUCCGAAGACUCCGGACUUGCGGAGUGCGAAGAGGGAGUGGUAA